GUCUGGUUGGACUAAAAUAUCCUCAAAUUUGAUGAAUAAUUACAGUGGAAGAGCGCAAACGAACAAGUCUGAGUUUGGGGACACUCACACGCAAUCACAGUCGCACUGUGAUGGAGGCGUUUAGAAGGAGAAGGGCAAGCUUUGCAUUGUGUGGCUUGCAAUUACCAAACAACAAAACUCCGUCCCUUGGAAUUCUAUGUUGUAUAUUGCUUGGUAGAAAAGUGUUUGAUUCUUGUUUGCUUUGAAUUCCAAAGUCGGCUUGUUCGCGUAUUCCUGUUGGGUUUCCUUGCUAAGUUGCGAGAAUGACGUGCGUUUCGCUGCAACAGCUUGUCUGUGCGAAAAGAAGAAGCAAUAAAGAGCCGUCCAUUGAUCAUCUGGAUAAGAGUACGAAGAUGAGAAAGAUAUUCAAGAAGAAGAAAUAUAAGAAUGCUAUGGAUACAAGUGCUAAUUCUGCAUGUAAUACUGGCCCCACUUUAGUGCCUAUGGUUGAUGGUAGUUUUGCUCCUAAUGCAGCCAUUGCUACUUCUUCCGCUCACCAAUUUGGCUCUACUAAAAAUAGAGCUAAUACGGGGAAAAAUGAAAAGGAGGAAAGCCAGCAAUCAAAGUCUGGGUUCAUAUUUAUGUGUAAUGGAAGAACAAAGCCUGAAUGCUAUCAGUAUCGUGUUUUUGGGCUACCGAGGGGAAAUUUGGAAGUUGUAAAGGCAAUCAAACCUCGUACAAGUCUAUUUUUAUAUGACUUUGAUUUGAAACUUCUUUAUGGUACAUACAUGGCAACUUCAGAAGGUGGGUUGGACUUGGAGCCAAAUGCAUUUCAUGGGAAAUUUCCUGCACAGGUAAAAUUUAGUAUCAUUGAGGAUUGUUUACCUCUUCGUGAGUGUGAUUUUAAAGUAGCUAUUCAAGACAACUACCAGGGGGGUUAUAAAUUUAGACAAAAUCUUAAUAGUAAUCAGGUGAAAGCUUUGAUUUCAUUGUUCCGCCCUAUCAGUGUUGCAGCACCUAGGCCUUCCUUUUCAAAUGUGUCAAUACCAGAGUCAUUCCCACCUCCUAUUACAGAAGAAGGAUUGCAGCCAAUGACAAGGCUGCCUCAUCCUGAAAAUGCAUACUCUUCAGGAGUUAAUCAUAUUCAUGCACCACAAGUCAUUGAUACUCGAUCCAAACAGGUAGUUGCAUGUCCACUGUAUCCUCAAUAUGAACUGGAAGCACAUGUGUCACAGAUUCAACCUCCAGUAGAGCCUUGGCAUGUUGUUCAGCCGGUUGCUUUUCCUAAUAAUAAUGUAUCAUAUUGUUCAGUUCAGGCACAUAGGCCCUGCUUGCACGAAAAACCUUUCUCAUCCCUGGCGGAUCCAUAUAGAAGGCACCUGUUCUCAAGUACUCCUGCGGGUCAAGUUCUUGAAUAUGGAAGGGAGUACCAGAUCUUACAAUUGCCUAUGGCGAGACAGAGUGAAGUUGCUUCUCGCACAGAUUAUGUGGCUGAGUAUUCUUCUCCACCUUUUCCUACUGCUGCAGCCUCACAUGUUUCCAUACGAUUGCAUCCUUUGCCAUCAUCCUAUCCACAACCACUUCGUGCUCAUCAACAAGGGGAGCUACAAUCUUCUCACCUACCUUAUUACCCUAUAGCCAUCCAUGAGAAUCAGAACCAAGUAUAUGCCGAGCCUGUUCUAACAUCAUUGCUUGGAAGUGGUUCUGCGGCAAAUUUUUCAAUUACAUCCUCUUUCUCUUAUGCUGGAGGUUCUCUAACUCAUUGCUGAGUGGAAUUGAAAAUUCUGACUGCGUCGGUAUGGUUUGCUUUACUUUCCUCACCAAACUUUUGACAAACGGAUGCUAACUUUUAUUUUCACCCUAGCAUUAAAAGCUUGGAGGCUUGUGACAACUAGGGAAUAUCGACAUGAUCCAUCCAUAUAGUUGGCUUUGGCCAUUUCAGUGGUGAAAUUAUUACUACCCUAGCUGAGCUUUCAGCUGUUCUGCAGAAUGCCAAUGCUUUUGCUUGGGCAACUGUGGAUAAUGAUGGCUACCUUGGCCUUGGCUUCAUGAAACUGAAGAAAUAAUUGGUUCCAGCAGGGCAUCACCAUAUUAACAUCUUACUACCAUAUAUAAAUAUUUAUAUUCCCCUUUAUCUGAAGGAUAUGAUAGAUCUUGUUCGUGGACCGUCUUUUGUUGAAUCCUAACUUGUUUCCCUGGUCUGAGGAGUCUAUCAGACUAAUAAUAUCUGUCUAAGAUUCCUUACUUAUCAGUAACUGUCGUUUCUGUUGAAACCUAUUGGCCAGUAGAAUGGUCCCGAUAUAAACUAGGAUUGAUUAUUGUAUAUUAUGAAAAUGAAAGAACUCAUAAAUCCAGAAGGCUAAGCUCAAUUGUGUUUGCAUGUCUUUGAAAAGGUAGAGAUUGUUUGCAGUGGAGGAGGAGGAACAUAUUUAUACAGUGUAUUUCUGUUCUAGAGGGUAUGUGGAUUAGGUUGGGGCAAAAAACCAAUCAUGGCUCUUUGGGUAGGAUUUUGUGCGACUCCUUACCUGAGAGACACUGCUCUUGUAUGGUCGUAUUAUUUGGUUCUAGGCAGGUCCCACGUUGGGUUGAGGAUUAUAGGCUUGGACCGUGAUCUACUGGAACUGGCCUAGCAACUUUCAUUGCCUAUGGUUACUUCUGGUCCCCUCGUUGACUGCUAUAUUAGAUUUAUUUAUUUAUUAUUACGAUUAUUAUCA